UGAUAAGGAAAUCAGUCAGUCGACCAGCUAAUCAGCUAAUCGUUUGUGAUCUACAACUUCCUCAGCCUGUGUUAUGAGUACCUGGGAGGGGAGAGUGCCAUCAUGGCUGAGAUCAGAGGAAAGCCCAUUGAGUCCAGCUGUGUGUACGGCACCUGUUGUCUCUGGGGAAGGACCUACUCCAUUGGCUUCCUCCGCUUCUGCAAACAGGCCACCCUCCAGUUCUGUGUGGUCAAGCCCCUGAUGGCCAUGAUCACAGUCAUCCUGCAGGCCUUUGGGAAGUACAGAGACGGAGACUUCAAUGUGUCAGGUGGUUACCUGUACGUGACCAUCAUCUACAACGUCUCGGUCAGCCUGUCCCUCUACGCUCUCUUCCUCUUCGCCACCCGCGACCUGCUCGUCUCCUACAGCCCCAUGCUCAAGUUCUUCAUGGUCAAGUCUGUCAUCUUCCUCUCCUUCUGGCAGGGCAUGCUCCUGGCCAUCCUGGAGAAGUGUGGUGCCAUCCCUCAGAUCAACUCUGCCGAGGUGUCGGUGGGCGAGGGCACGGUUGCCGCUGGUUACCAGAACUUCAUCAUCUGCAUCGAGAUGUUCUUCGCAGCCGUGGCCCUUCGCUACGCCUUCACUUACAAGGUCUACAUGGACAAGAGGCUGGACUCCAAUGGGCGCUGCGCCCCCAUGAAGAGCAUCUCCAGCAGCCUGAAGGAGACCAUGAACCCGGGGGACAUGGUCCAGGACGCCAUCCAUAACUUCUCUCCAGCCUACCAGCAGUACACCCAGCAGUCCACCCUGGAGCAGCGCGGCGGCCCGGCGCUCUCCCGCAGCCACAGCACCCUCAGCACGCGCGGAGACACAGAGAAGACCCUGCUGCUCAGCUCCGACGACGAGUUCUAGAGGGACGCUCGUACACACUCUACCUAAACUCACACACACAGUGGUUGACCCCUGGGGGGUGAAUGGAGAAAAAGAGGAUUAAAUUGUUCUACAGAGAGAGGUGUGUGUGUGUGUGUGUGAGGCGGGGGUAGGGGUCUAAACUGUGGCAGAACUUAAAGAGUGAGAUGUAUUGUAUCGACUCAACAGUGCUGUUUUUAAAUUGUUCUAAAUUUGUUCUUUGGCUGUUCCAUUUCAUUGCAUACACGUGUGGCUGUGUACAGUUCAUUCAAACGCUCAUGGAAGGAGUUGAUAUUUACAGUGGAAGUGAUCUGUUACAAAGUAAGGUCACAUUUUAUUGAAAUGAAAACACAUACCUCUGCCAAUAUGGAUCUAAAAACCUGAACACACACGUACACUCAUGUCCCCUCAAGUUAUGCUUAAACACAACUUAUGACUUGCUUUGACGUACACACAUACACAUGCACACAUCCACAUGAGUGCCAUGUUCAGUAUCAUUUACUGUGGUUCAUAGAGAAACCUCCAUUUUGUUUUUCUUGGUCAUGUAUCCUCCACCCUCCUGCCAAGUCUGCCUCUUACUGAAGUGUUGCCAAAUACAUGGAGGUCCCACCUGGGAUGGCAGGACACUUUCUGACUGAAAGAUUUCGAAGUGACUGAAACUAGCAACUCAAAAGGAUCCUUUUUUAGCUGGACCUUCUCUUAUGAUCUAAUGGUACUGUUGUUUUCUUUUAAAUGAUUUAUGCUUGCUUUGAUGUUUGAUGACAUGAUGUUACACCCCUAGAAUGGUCUAAUUAUUCUGUUUGGAUAAGAAUAUUUGAGGAAUAUUAUAUCUGUACAUAUGUUUGAGUGUCUGUCAAUGUGUGUGUUGUUGGGAUUUGUUUAACUAUAGUUGUGGGGUCACUCAGAGUACCUCCAGAAAGAUAUUUUUGUUGACACUGGUGGAGGGAAACGCUCUGGGGGAAAUGCUGGGGUUGUCUAAUGCAACAGGCAACACCCACAUAGAUUACAGAUUAGUGAUGAACAGGAUUUAUCAGCAGGGCUGGACAAUUGGUACCAGGAUUAUAAUCCAGUAAUUGGGGCAUUGUGUGUUCAAGGCAGUACAAAGGAUGUCUUGAACAAGAGAAUAGGCUACAUGGAUAUGUAGUCACCCACCAGAAGAAUACUUUAAACUUUUCCCAUGGAAUUAAACUGUGGUGCUGUAGAAUUCGGCACAAUGGUGUUUACCCCCUAAUUGUAACAAUAUUAUUAUAAAAUAAUGUCAUAGACUAUGUUCUAUCCACUCACUUCUCCACACUGGAAUUAAUCCCCUCAAUAAAACAGUCAUGGUGACCAAUUGGAAUGCAGAAUGUAGUGGAAUGACCAGCAGAGGGCACCCGUGUAUAAUGACAACUUAGAAUCUUCAACAAAGUUUAUGGAAUGGAGAAUAUUUGAAAACUGAGUUGCCAAAAAUGUGAGCGGCAGUGUUGAAAUAAACCAUAUCUUGUAUAUACAGUUUAAAGAUUGAGCAGUUUGAUUUGUGAAGUGAUGAAGGUAGUGGAAUCCCAGCUGAGAAAGGCCUUGUAUUUUCUCCUGUGUUCUCUAGUCUACAUA